AUGGUCCGCCACAAGAAGGACAUGUCCAACAAGGGCAAGCGCUACCCAAACAGCCGCUCUGCUCGUCCUCUGCCUCCAGCUCGUGGCGAGGAAGGAGAGGUCGAUCCUGCUGCCUCUAAGCGUCCUCCGUACAAGGCCGCCGCCUGGGAUCUCGGCCACUGUGACGCCAAACGAUGCAGCGGCAAACGCCUGAUGCGUCUGGGCCUCAUGCGCGAACUGCAUGUCGGUCAGAAGUUUGCUGGCAUUGUCGUUUCGCCCAAUGCAAAGACCAUCAUCUCGCCUGCCGACGCCCCUCUCCUCGAGCAGUACGGUGCUGCUGUUGUCGAAGCCAGUUGGAAGCGUAUCCAAGAAGUCCCCUUUGGCAAGAUCGGAGGCCCUCACCAACGACUUCUCCCCUACCUCAUCGCCGCAAACCCUACAAACUAUGGAAAACCCUGGAGGAUGAACUGUGUUGAAGCUCUUGCUGCCUGUUUCUACAUUUGUGGAAAGAAAGAGUGGGCCGAGCACAUUCUCAGCACCUUCAGCUACGGCCAGGCUUUCCUUGACAUCAACGAAGCUGUCCUGAAGAGAUAUGCCGCCUGUGAGGACGAGGCUGGUAUCAAAAAGGCCGAAGAGGCUUGGUUGGAGAAGAUCGAGAACGAAUACACUCAGGAUCGUGCCGAGAGAGAGGCCAAUGAGGACGACGCAUGGAGAGGAGGCAAUUUGAACCGCACUCGUAUGCUCGACGAGUCUGACGAAGAGGGCAGUGACGAGGAGAGCGAUGGUGAAGAGAGUGAAGACAAAGACGAGGAGGAUGAAGAUGACGAGGAGGAAGACGACCACGAUCCUUAUGGCAUGCCGCCUUCGGAUGACGACGAGGAGGAAAUGGCUGAGCUCCGCCGACGUGUGCUUGCCUCAAAGCCUUUCCAGAAUCCUGCUCCUCCCGUUUCAGACGACAAGCCGCAACCAGGUCGCAUUGCACAGACCGAACCUAAGCCUCUACAAGAUUCCGACGACGAGUCAGGUUCAGAUGUUGGUGAUGCCGAGGAUGACGACUUCGACAACAUCAUGAGUGCAACACCCGUGUUGGACCGCUCAGGAAUUGCAAGGAAGCAAAAACAAAAGGCACAGGAUCAGAUCAGUGCUCGUUUUUCGAGGACUGUGAUUGAUGCACCUUCAAAGUGGCCUCCAAGCGCUUGA